CCUCCUGUGUCAGUCUCCAGGAUUUUCUCUCUUCCUAUUUCAAGAAGACUCUCACUGGCUCCCUUAGUCUAUGUGAAGCUGAGGUUUCCCCUGGAUCCCGUACAUCUCCAUCACAUACCUCCACGCACACACCUCCCUGAGAGCCCCUCGUUCACACCCACAAACACGCGCGCACACACUCGCGCCGGCCUGUCCAUCUCCCUCGGGGUGGGGGGAGCCGGCGCGCGGUCCCACCUUCGUCGCGCACACUGGAUAGGCGAGCUCGUAGCGCUCCACGACUCUGCGGCUCGGAACUCGGACCGCAGGGCUGAACACCCCCACUGUGGUAUUUAAAAAAAAAAAAAAAAAAAAAGACAUUUCUUUGCCUUUUCCUCUUUUCUCCUCUUUCUCGAACGGUUUUCUACCGGAGUGGCUAGCGGAGCCGGCAGCCUUCCCAAGGCAGCCCUGGUUGGCUUGCCACCCUCCAUCUGGCUUAUAAAAGUUUGCUGAGUGCAGUCCAGAGGUCUGCGCGGCUCGUCCCCUCGCUGGCGGAAGGGGGUGACGCUGGGCAGCGGCUAAGGAGCGCGCCGUAGGCUCUGGCGGGCUUUCGGCUCGAGGGGCAAGGUGAAGAGCGCACAGGGAGCUGGGGGCUGCCGAGGUGGACUUGCAUGUUGCACCAUGCCUUCUUGGAUCCGGGCUGUGAUUCUUCCUCUCUCCGGGCUGCUGCUGACCCUCCCGGCCGCGGCGGACGUGAAGGCUCGGAGCUGCAGCGAGGUCCGACAGGCUUACGGUGCCAAGGGAUUCAGCCUGGCGGACAUCCCCUACCAGGAGAUCGCAGGGGAGCACUUACGCAUCUGCCCCCAGGAAUACACCUGCUGCACCACAGAAAUGGAAGACAAGCUGAGCCAACAGAGUAAACUGGAGUUUGAAAAUCUUGUAGAAGAGACGAGCCACUUUGUGAGGACCACGUUUGUGUCAAGGCACAAGAAGUUUGAUGAGUUUUUCCGAGAGCUGCUGGAAAAUGCAGAGAAGUCCCUAAAUGACAUGUUUGUCCGGACCUACGGGAUGCUGUACAUGCAGAAUUCAGAGGUAUUCCAGGAUCUCUUUACUGAGCUAAAGCGGUACUACACAGGGGGUAACGUCAACCUGGAGGAGAUGCUCAAUGACUUCUGGGCUCGGCUCCUGGAGCGGAUGUUCCAGCUGAUAAACCCUCAGUAUCACUUCAGCGAGGACUACCUGGAAUGUGUAAGCAAGUACACAGAUCAGCUGAAGCCAUUUGGAGACGUGCCACGGAAACUGAAGAUUCAGGUCACCCGUGCCUUCAUUGCGGCUCGCACCUUCGUCCAGGGCCUGACAGUGGGCAGAGAGGUUGCCAACCGAGUUUCCAAGGUGAGCCCCACCCCUGGGUGCAUCCGGGCUCUCAUGAAGAUGCUGUACUGCCCAUAUUGCCGAGGCUUGCCCACUGUGAGACCUUGCAACAACUACUGCCUCAACGUCAUGAAGGGCUGCCUGGCCAAUCAGGCGGAUUUGGACACUGAGUGGAAUCUCUUCAUAGAUGCAAUGCUCCUGGUGGCUGAACGACUGGAAGGGCCGUUCAACAUUGAGUCAGUCAUGGACCCAAUAGACGUCAAGAUCUCUGAAGCCAUUAUGAACAUGCAGGAAAACAGCAUGCAGGUGUCAGCAAAGGUCUUUCAGGGCUGUGGCCAGCCCAAACCUGCGCCUGCUCUCAGAUCUGCUCGCUCAGCUCCAGAAAAUUUUAACACCCGCUUUCGGCCCUACAACCCUGAGGAAAGACCCACAACUGCAGCGGGCACGAGCCUGGACCGGCUGGUCACAGACAUAAAAGAGAAACUGAAGCUCUCUAAAAAGGUCUGGUCAGCAUUGCCCUACACCAUCUGCAAGGACGAACGUGUGACAGCAGGAACCUCCAACGAGGAGGAGUGCUGGAACGGACACAGCAAAGCCAGAUACCUGCCUGAGAUCAUGAACGAUGGGCUGACCAACCAAAUCAACAAUCCUGAGGUGGAGGUGGACAUCACGCGGCCAGACACUUUCAUCAGACAGCAGAUCAUGGCUCUCCGAGUGAUGACCAACAAACUGAAGAAUGCGUACAAUGGCAAUGACGUCAACUUCCAAGACACAAGCGAUGAAUCCAGUGGCUCAGGCAGCGGCAGUGGUUGCAUGGAUGAUGUGUGUCCCACGGAGUUCGAGUUUGUCACCACCGAGGCCCCGGCGGUGGACCCGGAUCGCAGAGAAGAGGAAUCUUCGGCCUCGAAGUUCAGCUCCUCCUUGAUCUCCUGGUCUCUGGUCUGCAUGGUCUUGGCCCUGCAGAGACUCUACAGAUAAUCGUGGGCUUUGGUCAGACGAAACUGCAUUUUAGCUCUUCUGUGGCCAACACCCUUCUUUUCUUACACUCUUGGACAAAUGGACCAUGCCACAAAACUCGCCGUUUUCUAUGACAAGAGAGCAGUCUUGUGAUCUGCCUCCCUUUUUGUUUUCCCAAAGAGUACCGGGUGCCAGAUGGUCUGCUUCUCUUUCCGUCAGCUAUCUGGGGGGACCUCGUUUAUUCCAGAGAGAAUUCUUACUCAAAUCUUUCGUACCAAGAGAUUUUUUCUUACCGUCAUUUGCUUUUAUGCUGCAAAAUUUAAAAGAAUUUCAUGUUGUGAGGGUUUUUUGGUUUUUUGAUUUUUUUUUUUUACAACCCAUUUAAAAUAGGAAGAAAAUAAUUUUCCAUUUCAAAUCAGGUCAAAACCCAAGACAACUACAUUCUCAACAAGGAAACAAACAAAGGAGAGAAAAUAAAGGAACUUUCAUGCUAUCAGGCUUGGCACUGACAGCCAACUCCUGGAGUGAGCUUUUCUGUGACAAGCGAGGUUUACAAAGCGCUUAUAAAGAGAAAGUGUAACAUUUUCAAGUAGUAGAAAUACACUGUUGUCUUGGACUCUAACCAAACUGAUUCCAAUGUACUGAUAGUAAAUUUAGGACUCGGUCUUUAUAUGAAUGGUAAUCUUAUGACAACUCAAUGUCUCUCUUCCCACUGCCUGAUCCCACUGCUCAAUGAUGGCAGCAUUUUCUGUCUCCUAACGUCUGUCCGUUGUAUCCAAUUGACACUGAUUGUCUUCAGUUUUUCAUAGACGCCCCGCCCCCAUCUAGUCUCCUCUCUCCUAGGUCUUGACUCAAAAAGUCAUCUUCAAUGAUACGGUCUCUUCUUUCUCCAGACAGACGUGAACCAGUUGUCUCAGCUCCUGUGUUCCGGACUCUCCCCCAGAUACAAGUUCUCUUACUGACAUGACAAUUAGCUCCACACAUGAGGUUUUGUUUCUGACUCUUUGUGUCAAUUGGUUUCAGCAUCAAAAGGGCAUUCUCUUAACAGAACAACUCACAACAACAAAAAAAGUCAAGACAAAAAAAAAAAGAGAGAAUAAAACAUUAUAUAUAGUAUUGACACGGAGGUUCUUUUCACUUUUUUAGUCUUAGUAUGAUCAUCUAUUUUUAUAUCUAUAUUAUAUAUAUAUAUAAAUCACAGAUUUUAACUUCUUAAUUCCAAGCUCAGGGUUGACACUCCUUUGUAACAGAACUGUUUUGUCAACCGCCCUGUCUUGUUCUGUGCUGCUCAGAGAACAGACUCCUUAGUGAUCUUCGAGCACCAAGAAUCAAGAGCGAGAACUUUUUAUGUAUCUAACUGUCCAUCGAUGGCAAGUUUGCCAGGGCACACCCUUCUCACACACGCUUGCUUUGCCCUGGUGCUCCAAACUGUCCUGAGCUCAUGGGACAAGCCUGGUGUGCAAGACGUGACUGGUGAUAGAAUGUGUGUGUGUGUAAAGAAUGUUAUUCAUGAAAAAAAAAAAAACCAUUGCUCUCCGGUACAGCAACUCUGGCCUUGGACUUCUACCAGGUACUGUACUGAAUGGCCUAAACUCAAGAGGCCAUUUUAGAGCCACUGCCUAACCUGUCCACCAAGCCAGGCCCAAUGCUUCCCCUGACAGAGAGAAACAAAAUACACCAAA